CGAGCAGUCAGUCCCGCUGGCGGAGCGCGCGGCCCGGAGCCUGGAGAUGGGGCGGUACGGCCCCGCGCCAACGCCGCCGCUGCUGCUGCUGGCCGGGCUGGCGCUGCUGGGCGCGGCGCGGGCGGCGGCCGGCGGCGGCUUCAGUCUGCACCCGCCCUACUUCAACCUGGCGGAGGGCGCCCGCAUCGCCGCCUCGGCCACCUGCGGCGAGGAGGGCUCUGCGCGCGGCGCCCCGCGCCCCACCGAGGACCUCUACUGCAAGCUGGUGGGGGGCCCCGUGGCCGGCGGCGACCCCAACCAGACCAUCCAGGGCCAGUACUGUGACAUCUGCACGGCGGCAAACAGCAACAGGGCACAUCCCGUGAGCAACGCCAUUGACGGCACGGAGCGCUGGUGGCAGAGCCCGCCCCUGUCCCGCGGCCUGGAAUACAACGAGGUCAACGUCACCCUGGACCUGGGCCAGGUUUUCCACGUGGCCUACGUGCUCAUCAAGUUCGCCAACGCCCCUCGGCCGGACCUCUGGGUGCUGGAGCGGUCCACGGACUUUGGCCACACCUACCAGCCGUGGCAGUUCUUUGCCUCCUCCAAGAGGGACUGCCUUGAGCGAUUUGGGCCGCGGACGCUAGAGCGCAUCACGCGGGACGACGAUGUCAUCUGCACCACGGAGUACUCCCGGAUCGUGCCGCUGGAGAACGGCGAGAUUGUGGUGUCCCUGGUGAACAGGCGCCCGGGCGCCAUGAACUUCUCCUACUCGCCCCUGCUGCGUGACUUCACCAAAGCCACCAACAUCCGCCUGCGCUUCCUGCGCACAAACACGCUGCUGGGCCACCUCAUGGGCAAGGCGCUGCGGGACCCCACUGUCACCCGCCGGUACUAUUACAGCAUCAAGGACAUCAGCAUCGGUGGCCGCUGCGUCUGCCAUGGCCACGCGGAUGUCUGCGACGCCAAAGACCCCACAGACCCCUUCAGGCUGCAGUGUGCCUGCCAGCACAACACUUGCGGGGGCUCCUGUGACCGCUGCUGCCCAGGCUUCAACCAGCAGCCGUGGAAGCCGGCGACGUCGGACAGUGCCAACGAGUGUCAGUCCUGCAACUGCCACGGCCACGCACACGACUGCUACUACGAUCCCGAGGUGGACCGGCUCAACGCCAGCCAGAACCAGGACAGCAUCUACCAGGGCGGGGGCGUGUGCAUCGACUGCCAGCACCACACCACCGGCAUCAACUGUGAGCACUGUCUGCCAGGCUUCUACCGCGCCCCAGACCACCCCCAGGACUCACCCCACGCUUGCCGCCGCUGCAACUGCGAGUCGGACUUCACCGACGGGACGUGUGAGGAUCUGACUGGCCGCUGCUACUGCCGGCCGCGUUUCACGGGGGAGUGGUGUGACGCGUGCGCCGAGGGCUUCACGGGCUUCCCGCUCUGCUACCCGGUGCCCUCCUCCCACAAUGACACCGGGGAACAGGUACUGCCGGCCGGACAGAUUGUGAACUGUGACUGCAGCGCCGCUGGGACCCAGGGCAACGCCUGCCGGAAGGACCCGCGGGUGGGACACUGCGUGUGCAAACCCAACUUCCAGGGCACCCACUGCGAGCUCUGCGCCCCAGGGUUCUACGGCCCAGGCUGCCAGCCCUGCCAGUGUUCUAGCCCUGGAGUGCUGGACAGUGAUUGUGACCGUGACUCGGGCCAGUGCACGUGCCGAGCAGGCUUCGAGGGGGCCGCCUGUGACCGCUGUGCUCCUGGCUACUUCCACUUCCCCCUCUGCCAGCUGUGUGGCUGCAGCCCUGCCGGGACACUGCCCCAGGGCUGUGACAAGGCUGGCCGCUGCCCAUGCCGGCCUGAGUUUGAUGGCCCUCACUGUGACCGCUGCCGCCCUGGCCACCAUGGCUACCCUGACUGCCGUGCCUGCAACUGUGACCCUCAGGGUGCUUUGGACCAGCUCUGCGGGGCAGGCGGCUUAUGCCGCUGCCGCCCCGGCUACACGGGCGCCACCUGCCAGGAGUGUAGCCCUGGCUUCCACGGCUUCCCCGCCUGUGCCCCCUGCCAGUGCUCUGCCGAGGGCUCCCUGCACGCAGCCUGCGACCCCCGCAGCGGGCAGUGCAGCUGCCGACCCCGUGUGACGGGGCUGCGAUGUGACACAUGUGUGCCUGGCACCUACAACUUCCCCUACUGCGAAGAUGGCUCCUGUCACCCUGCUGGUCUAGCCCCAGCCAAUCGCAUCCCACCUGAGGCACAGGCCUCCUGUACAUGCCGGGCUCAUGUGGAGGGGCCAAGCUGUGAUCGCUGUAAACCUGGGUUCUGGGGACUGAGUCCCAGCAACCCCAAGGGCUGCACCCGCUGCAGCUGCGACCCCAGGGGUACACUGGGUGGAGUUGCCGAGUGCCAGCUGGGCAAUGGCCAGUGCUUCUGCAAGCCCCACGUGUGUGGCCUGACCUGCGCAGCUUGCAAGGACGGCUUCUUUGGGCUGGACCAGGUUGACUACUUUGGCUGCCGCAGCUGCCGGUGCGACGUUGGAGGUGCGCUGGGCCAGGGCUGUGAACCCAGGACGGGCGCCUGCCGGUGCCGGCCUAACACCCAGGGCCCCACCUGCAGCGAGCCGGCGCGGGACCACUACCUCCCCGACCUGCAUCACCUGCGCCUGGAGCUGGAGGAGGCUGCCACCCCCGACGGCCAUGCCGUGCGCUUUGGCUUCAACCCCCUCGAGUUUGAGAACUUCAGUUGGAGGGGCUAUGCGCAAAUGGCGCCCAUCCAGCCCAGGAUCGUGGCGAAGCUGAACGUGACCUCCCCUGACCUCUUCCGACUCGUCUUCCGCUAUGUGAACCGCGGGCCCACGAGCGUGAGCGGGCGCGUCUCUGUGCGGGAGGAGGGCAAGUUUGCCACCUGUGCCAACUGUACGGAGCAGAGCCAGCCCGUGGUCUUUCCACCCAGCACGGAGCCUGCCUUUGUCACUGUGCCCCAGAGGGGCUUCGGGGAGCCCUUCGUGCUGAACCCUGGCACCUGGGCCCUGCUCGUGGAGGCUGAAGGGGUGCUCCUGGACUACGUGGUGCUGCUGCCCAGUGCCUACUACGAGGCGGCCGUGCUACAGCUGAGGGUGACCGAGGCCUGCAGGUUCCAGAGCACCGCCCAGCACGCCGGGGAGAACUGCCUCCUCUACACACACCUGCCCCUGGACGGCUUCCCCUCAGCCUCUGGGCCCAAGGCCCUGUGUCGCCAUGACAACAGCCUACCUCGGCCCUGCCCCACGGAGCAGCUCAGCCCCUCACACCCACCGCUGGCCGCCUGCCAGGGCAGUGAUAUGGACAUCCAGCUGCAGGUAACGGUGCCACGGCCUGGCCGCUAUGCCCUGGUUAUGGAGUACGCCAAUGAGGAUGCCCACCAGGAGCUGGGCGUGGCCAUGCACACCCCCCAGAGGGCACCCCAGCAGGGGGCGCUCACCCUGCACCCCUGCCUGUACAGCACCCUGUGCCGAGGCACCGCCCUAGAUGCCCAGCGCCACCUGGCAGUGUUCCACCUGGACACAGAGGCCAGCAUCCAGCUCACGGCCGAGCAGGCACGCUUCUUCCUGCACAGCAUCACCCUGGUGCCCGUGGAGACAUUCAGCUCAGAGUUCGUGGAGCCCCGAGUCCACUGUGUCAGCAACCAUGGCACCUUCAACCCCAGCAGUGCCGCCUGCCUGCCUUCCCGCUUCCCGAAGCCGCCCCAGCCCAUCAUCCUCAGGGACUGUCAGGUGCUGCCGCUGCCACCCAGCCUCCCGCUCAGCCAUUCGCAGGAGCUCACCCCAGGCGCACCCCCGUCUGGGCCCCAGCCUCGGCCCUCCACCGCCGUGGACCCCAACGUGGAACCCACCCUGCUGCGCCACCCCCAGGGCACAGUGGUCUUCAACACACACGUGCCCACCCUGGGCCGCUAUGCCUUCCUGCUGCACAGCUACCAGCCGGCCCACCCCACCUUCCCUGUGGAGGUCCUCAUCAACGGGGGCCGCGUCUGGCAGGGCCACGCCAACGCCAGCUUCUGCCCACACGGCUAUGGCUGCCGCACCCUGGUGGUGUGUGAGGGCCAGGCCAUCCUGGACGUGACCGACAGUGAACUCACAGUGACCGUGCGUGUGCCCGAGGGCCGGUGGCUCUGGCUGGAGUAUGUGCUGGUGGUCCCUGAGGAUGCCUACAGCUCCAGCUACCUCCGGGAGGAGCCCCUGGACAAGUCCUAUGACUUCAUCAGCCACUGUGCCACCCACGGCUACCAUGUCAGCCCCACCAGCUCGUCCCAGUUCUGCCGAGAUGCCGCCACCUCUCUGUCCCUCUUCUAUAACAACGGGGCUCGGCCUUGUGGCUGCCACGAAGUGGGUGCCGUGAGCCGCACAUGUGAGCCCUUCGGGGGCCAGUGUCCCUGCCGCGCCCACGUCAUUGGCCGAGACUGCUCCCGCUGCGCCACCGGCUACUGGGGCUUCCCCAACUGCAGGCCCUGCGACUGCAGCGGCCGCCUGUGUGACGAGCUCACAGGCCAGUGCAUCUGCCCGCCACGCACCGUCCUGCCCGACUGCAUCAUCUGCCAGCCCCAGACCUUCGGCUGCCACCCUCUGGUUGGCUGUGAGGAGUGUAACUGCUCCCGACCUGGUGUCCAGGAGCUCACGGACCCCACCUGUGACGAGGACAGUGGCCAGUGCAAGUGCAGACCCAACGUGGCCGGGCGCCGCUGUGAUGUGUGUGCUCCUGGCUACCAUGGCUACCCGCGCUGCCGCCCCUGCGACUGCCACCAGGCCGGCUCUGCACCUGGCGUGUGCGACCCCCUCACAGGCCAGUGCUACUGCAAGGAGAACGUGCAGGGCCCCAGGUGUGACCAGUGCCGCCUUGGGACCUUCUCCCUGGAUGCCGCCAAUCCCAAGGGCUGCACCCGCUGCUUCUGCUUCGGGGCCACGGAGCGCUGCCGGAGCUCCACACACACCCGCCAUGAGUUUGUGGACAUGGAAGGCUGGACACUGCUGAGCACUGACCGGCAGACAGUGCCCCACGAGCUGCGGGCAGAGGCGCAGCUGCUCCACGCAGACCUGCGGCGUGUGCCCGAGGCCGUCACCGAGCUGUACUGGCAGGCCCCGCCCUCCUACCUAGGGGACCGGGUGUCAUCCUACGGUGGGACCCUCCGCUACGAGCUGCACUCGGAGACCCAGCGGGGAGACGUGUUCAUCCCUGCAGAGAGCAGGCCGGAUGUGGUGCUGCAGGGCAACCAAAUGAGCAUCAUGUUCCUGGAGCCAGCGUACCCGGCCCCGGGCCAUGUGCACCGCGGGCAGCUGCAGCUGGUGGAGGGGAACUUCCGGCACACGGAGACUCACAGCAGUGUGUCACGUGAGGAGCUCAUGAUGGUGCUGGCCGGCCUGGAGCAGCUGCACAUCCGUGCCCUCUUCUCAAAGAUCUCCUCGACCGUCUCCCUGCGCAAGGUGGCCCUGGAGGUGGCCGGUGAGAGGGGCCGGGGGCCUCCGGCCAGCAACGUGGAGCUGUGCAUGUGCCCUGCCAACUACCUCGGGGACUCAUGCCAGGAAUGUGCCCCCGGCUAUUACCGGGACGUCAAAGGCCUCUUUCUGGGUCGCUGUGUCCCCUGUCAGUGCCAUGGCCACUCAGACCGCUGCCUCCCUGGCUCGGGCAUCUGUGUGGGCUGCCAGCACAACACGGAGGGUGACCACUGUGAGCGCUGCCAGGAGGGCUUUGUACGCACUGGGUCUGAGGACCCCGCAGCCCCCUGUGCCAGCUGCCCCUGUCCCCUCGCAGUGCCUUCCAACAACUUCGCCAUGGGCUGUGUCUUACGAGGUGGCCGCACCCAGUGUCUCUGCAAACCUGGCUACGCGGGGACCUCCUGUGAGCGGUGCGCGCCCGGCUUCUUCGGGAACCCGCUGGUGCUGGGCAGCUCAUGCCAGCCCUGCGACUGCAGUGGCAACGGUGACCCCAACCUGCUCUUUAGCGACUGCGACCCCCUGACCGGUGCCUGCCGUGGCUGCCUGCGCCACACCACUGGGCCCCGCUGCGAGACGUGUGCCCCCGGCUUCUACGGCAACGCCCUGCUGCCUGGCAACUGCACCCGGUGCGACUGCUCUCCAUGUGGGACGGAGGCCUGCGACCCCCACAGUGGGCACUGCCUGUGCAAGGCUGGUGUGACAGGGCCCCGCUGUGACCGGUGUCAGGAAGGACACUUCGGCUUCGAGGGCUGCAGGGGUUGCCAACCGUGCGCCUGUGGACCGGCCGCUGAGAGCUCCAAGUGCCACCCCCAGAGUGGGCAGUGCCACUGCCGGCCAGGGGCUGGCGGGCCCCAGUGCCAAGAGUGUGCCCCCGGCCACUGGGGGCUCCCCGAGCAGGGCUGCAGGCGCUGCCAGUGCCAGGGGGGCCACUGUGACCUGCACACAGGCCGCUGCACAUGUCCCCCUGGGCUCAGUGGGGAGCGCUGUGACGCCUGUACCCACCAGCACCAGGUGCCGGUGCCUGGCGGGACUGGGGGCCGUGGCGUGCACUGCGAAGUGUGUGACCACUGUGUGGUCCUACUCCUGGACGACCUGGAGCGUGUCGGCGCCCUGUUCCCCGCCAUCCGCGAGCAGCUGCGCAACGUCAACACCAGCUCCAUGGCCUGGGCCCGGCUGCACAGGCUGAACGCCUCCAUCACUGACCUGAAGAGCCAGCUCCGGAGCCCUCCAGGCCCCCGCCACGAGACCGCACAGCAGCUGGAAACCCUGGAACGACGAAGCGCGAGCCUUGGGCAGGACACGCAGCGGCUGGACGGCCGGGCCACAGGAGCCCGAGCACAUGCCGGCCGGCUGCUGGACAGCACGGAGGCCACACUGGGCCGGGCACAGAAACUGCUGGUGGCCAUCCAGGCUGUGGACCGAACCCUAAGCGAGCUCAAGUCCCAGACGGACCGUCUGUCACCAGCUAAUGCCUCGGCUCCAUCAGGCGAGCUGCUGCGCCGGACACUGGCCAAAGUGGAACGACUGCUCACGGAGAUGCGGGCCCGUGACCUGGGGGCCCCACGUGCAGUGGCUGAGGCUGAGCUGGGCGAGGCCCAGAGAUUGCUGGCCCGUGUGCAGGAGCAGCUGACCAGCCGCUGGGAGGGGAACCAGGCGCUGGCCGCCCGCACCCGAGACCAGCUGGCCCGGCAUGAGGCCGGCCUCAUGGACCUGCGAGAGGCCCUGAACCGGGCGGUGAGCACCACACGAGAGGCUGAGGAGCUCAACAGCAGCAACCAGGAGCGACUGGAGGAGGCCCUGCAUCGGAAGCAGGAACUGUCCCGAGACAAUGCCACUCUGAGGGCCACUCUGCAGGUGGCCAGUAAUAACCUGGCCGAGGUCUCUAAGAUUCUGCACGACAUUGACCGGGCCAAGGAGGAGUAUGAGCACCUCGCUGCCAGCCUGGACGGCGCGCAGACACCGCUGCUGGAGAAGAUGCGAGCCUUCUUCCCAGCGAGCAGCAAGGUGGACCUGGUAGAAGCCGCAGAGGCCCACGCGUGGCGGCUGGACCAGCUGGCGCGCAACCUCUCCAGCAUCAUCCGUGGAGUCAACCAGGACCGCUUCAUCCAGAGGGCCAUCGAGGCCGCCAACGCCUACGGCAGCAUCCUGCGAGCCGUGCAGGCUGCCGAGGGGGCCGCGGGCCGGGCCCUACAGCAGGCAGGCCAGACGUGGACGACAGUGGUGCAGCAGGGCCUGGCACCCCGAGCCCGGGAGUUACGGGCCAACAGCAGUGCGCUGGGGGAGGCCCUCCUCAGGGAGCAGCAGAGGUUGGGCCGCGUGUGGGCCACCCUCCAGGGCACUGGGACCCACCUCCGUGAUGCCCGGGCCGAGAAGGAGCAGCUGGCAGCCCAAGUCCAGGAGGUGCAGGCCAUGCUGGCCAUGGACACAGAUGAGACAAGCAAGAAGAUCGCUCAUGCCAAGGCCGUGGCCACGGAAGCACAGGACACGGCCGCCCGCGUGCAGUCCCAGCUUCGGGACAUGCAGAAGACCCUGGAGCAGUGGCAGGGCCAGUACGGGGAUCUAAAGAGCCACGACCUGGACCAGGUGGUUCUCGACGCAGGCCGCUCAGUGUCUAGCCUGGAGAAGACGCUUCCGCAACUGCUGGCCAAGCUGAGCCUCCUGGAGAACCGUGGGGUGCACAAUGCCAGUCUGGCACUGUCCACCAGCAUCAGCCGUGUGCGGGAGCUCAUCGCCCAGGCCCGAGGAGCUGCCAACAAGGUCAAGGUGUCCAUGAAGUUCAACGGGCGCUCGGGAGUGCAGCUGCGCGCCCCCCGGGACCUCUCGGACCUCGCUGCCUACACUGCCCUCAAGUUCUACCUGCAGAGCCCAACGCCAGCGUCCAACCAGGUCGCCGGGGACCAGUUUGUACUGUACAUGGGCAGCCGCCAGGCCACUGGCGACUACAUGGGUGUGGCUCUGCGUAACCAGAAGGUACACUGGGUGUACCGCCUGGGGGAGGCGGGCCCUACGACCCUCAGCAUUGACGAGGACAUAGGGGAGCAGUUUGCAGCCAUCAGCAUUGACAGGACCCUCCAGUUUGGCCACAUGUCUGUCACAGUGGAGAAGCAGAUGAUCCACGAGACCAAGGGUGACACGGUGGCCCCUGGGGCCGAGGGGCUGCUCAAUCUGCAGCCCAACGACUUUGUCUUCUAUGUUGGGGGCUACCCCAGCAACUUCACGCCCCCGGAGCCCCUCCGCUUCCCCCGCUACCGGGGCUGCAUUGAGAUGGACACGCUCAACGAGGCGGUGAUCAGCCUCUACAACUUUGAGAAGACCUUCCUGCUCAACACAGCCGUGGACAAGCCUUGUGCCCGCUCCAAGGCGACUGGAGACCCGUGGCUCACAGAUGGCUCCUACCUGGAUGGCUCCGGCUUCGCCCGCAUCACCGUGGAGAGGCAGAUCAGCAACACCAAGCGCUUCGACCAGGAGCUGCGGCUGGUGUCCUCCAGUGGGAUCAUCUUCUUCCUGCAACACCAGAGCCAGUUCCUGUGCCUGGCCGUACUGGACGGUCGCCUGCAGCUUCUCUACGACUUUGGCGAGGGCCUGAAAGAGUCUGUCCCGCUGCACACCCUGCCACCCCUGACCACGACCAGCAAGGCGAUCCAGGUAUUCCUGCUGGGGGGCAGCCGCAAGCGCGUGCUGGUGCGGGUGGAGAGGGCCACCAUGUUCACCGUGGAGCAGAACAACACGCUGGAGCAGGCCGACGCCUACUACCUGGGCGGUGCCCCGGUGGACCAGCUGCCCCCGAGUUUGAGGCGGCUCUUCCCCUCCGGAGGCUCAGUGCGCGGCUGUAUCAAGGGCAUCAAAGCUCUGGGCAAGUACGUGGAUCUCAAGCGGCUGAACACCACGGGCAUCAGUGCCAGCUGCACCGCGGACCUGCUGGUGGAACGGGCCAUGACUUUCCACGGCUAUGGCUUCCUGCGCCUGGCGCUCGACAACACUGUGCCUCUCAACGGCAACCUCUACUCCGGGUUCGGUUUCCGCAGCACCCAGGACAGCGGCCUGCUGUACCACCGAGCGUUCCCGGAUGGGCCUUGCGAGGUGUUCCUGCAGCAGGGCCGCGUGACACUCCGGUUUGUGAGGACUGAGGUGAAAACUCGAGGGGGCUUUGCCGACGGUGCCCCCCACUACGUCGCCUUCUACAGCAAUGCCACAGGGAUCUGGCUCUAUGUGGACGACCAGUUUCAGCAGAUGAGGCGCCACCAGGGGCCACGCCCCAGGCCCCAGACCCAGCCGGACAAGCUCAUCCUGGGAGGCCUGCCAGGGCCCAGCACGCUCCAGAACUUCAGCGGCUGCAUCAGCAACGUUUUUGUGCAGCGGCUCCCCCCAGGGCCGCAGCGUGUGUUUGACCUUCAGCAGAACGAGGGCAGCGUCAAUGUGAGUGCAGGCUGUGCCCCAGCCCCGGGCACCCAGAUACUGCCAGCACCACGAGGACUGCAGGCCACAGUGGCUCGGAAGGCCUCCCGGCGCAGCCGGCAGCCCAUCCAGGACCCUGCCUGCACACUGCUUGGGACCCUCAGGACCAUGGGAGAUGCCUACCAAUUCGGGGGUCCCCUGUCCAGUUACCUGGAGUUUGCAGGCAUCCCGGCACCCCCUGUAGACUGGUCCCAGAUCUCACUGCUGGUCCGCCCUCGAACCCCCCGAGGGCUUCUGCUCUACGCUGUGCCCCUGGCAGCCGGCAGUCCCUCCCUGGCUCUCUUUCUGAGUCACCGACACUUUGUCGCUCAGACAGAAGGCCCUGGGCCCCAGCUCCGCGUGCAGAGCCACCAGCGUUCACGGGCUGGCCAGUGGCACAAGGUGUCCGUGCGAUGGGAGAGGACUCGGCUCCAGCUGGUGAUAGACGGGGUUCAAGUCCAGGGCCACAAGGAGCCUGACCAGCUGCGCGAAGGGGCAGAGGGCCCCCAGGCCCACACUCUCUUUGUGGGGGGCCUCCCUGUCAGCAGCCACAGGCCCAAACUCCCAGUGGCCGUCAGCAGCUCAUGGUUCAGCGGUUGUGUGAAGAAUCUGAGAUUGGACGGGCAGCCCCUGAGGGACCCCACUCGAGUGGUGGGGGUCACGCCCUGCUUGUCAGGCCCCCUGGAGAAGGGCCUGUUCUUUGCAGGCAGUGGGGGAGCCAUCACUCUAGACACCCUGGGGGCUACCCUGCCUGAUGUGAGCCUGGCGCUGGAGGUGCGGCCCCAGACAGCCACUGGCCUCAUCCUGCACCUGGGUGGGCUUCAAGUCCCCCCCCACCUGCAGCUGCAGGUGCUGGAGCAGCAGGUCCUGCUGUGGGCAGAUGAUGGUGCAGGCAAGUUCUCCACGCUGGUAACGCUCCCCAGGGCGCUGUGUGAUGGUCAGUGGCACCAACUGGCAGUGACCAAAGGUGGCAACGUCCUCCGACUGGAGGUGGACUCGCAGAGCAACCACACGCUGGGCCCCGCGCCGGCGGCCUCAGCCCACACCCUGGUGCCUUUGCACUUGGGAGGACUGCCUGAACCCACGGACACACGGGCUGGACCCCCCAUGCCGACACACUCUUGGCCUCCAGUCUACCGCGGCUGCAUGAGGAAUCUGGUGGUGAACUGGUCUCCUGUCACCUUGUCUCGCUCUGCAGGCGUCCAGGGGGCAGUGGGGGCCAGUGGCUGCCCAGCUACAUAGCACAGCUGUCCCUCUGGGACUCGAGCCGUGCAGGAGGGCCUUCAGGGGCCCCCAGACCCCACGGCGGGCCACCCCAGGCAGGCAGGGCCCCACCUCAGAGCCCCCAGGCCCUCCGCCAGCUUCGUAGAUGACGUUAGCGUGUAUCUGUCUAGGCUCUAGAUUCUACAGGUGGUCUUCUGGAAACGGUCUAAGUUAUGUCUGACUUUUUAAAUGAAAGGGUGAAACACUAUAAAAUGGGGUUUUUAUACCUUUUAUCCCUUCCACCAACUUUUAAUAGUUUGAGAAAUCUGUAAGUCACUGGUCCCUUCUUCUUAAAACAAAAAUUAAAAAGGAACUUGUUUAA